AUGAUUGGUGAUGCUGCUAACGAUCAAGCUGCCGUGAAUCCUACAACACUGUCUUUCUAUUCAAAGUCAAUUACAAGGGCAGGGAUACACAGUUUUCAACCGACGAAAUUUCAUCCAUGGUUCUCAUUAAGAUGCGAGAAACUGCUGGAGUUUAUCUUGGUUCAAGUGUUAGGGACGUGGUUAUUAGUGUCCCUGCUUACGUUACUACCGCGUCAAGCUACUGGGGAUGCUGGAACCAUCGCUGGCCUUAAUGCAAUUACUCUUAGCAUUAACAAGGGCAACUUUGAAGUCAAGGCUACUGCUGGAGAUACCCAUAUCGGAGGAGAGGAUUUGAUAACAGGAUGCUUAAUCACUUUGCCGAAGAGUUCAAAAGGAAGCAUAAGAACAUCAUGUGAGAAUGCAAAGAGGAACCUCUCAUCUACUACCCUGGCAAACGUUGAAGUUGAUGCUUUACAUGAUGGAAUUGAUUUUCCCGCAUCCAUUACUUGUGCGAAAUCUGAACACUUGAACUUGGAUUUGCUCGUAAGUGUAUGGAUCCUUAGGAUGGGUAAGACCACGUUUCACGAUGCCAUCCUUGUUAGAGGGUCCACUAGAAUUCCCAAGGUUCAAUCAAUAUCUGGUGCCAGUUUUGGUGUAUCCCAAACGAAAGUUCCAAGAUGGUUGAGAUAG